GGGGGGACGCUGACCCCGCCCCCUACUGCGGCUAGUCUACGCCCGGCGGCGGCGGCGGCGGCGGAGCCGGGAACAUGGCGGCGGUGGCCGCGCGCAGCUUCGGGUCCGAGCUGGAGGCCGAGCCGGCCAAGGAGGCGCGCGUCGUGGGCUCCGAGCUCGUGGACACGUACACGGUUUACAUCAUUCAGGUCACUGAUGGCAGCCAUGAGUGGACAGUCAAGCACCGCUACAGUGACUUCCAUGACCUGCAUGAAAAGCUUGUUGCAGAGAAGAAGAUUGAUAAAAAUCUGCUUCCGCCUAAAAAAAUAAUUGGGAAAAACUCAAGAAGCUUGGUGGAGAAGAGGGAGAAGGAUUUGGAGGUCUAUCUCCAGACACUCUUGGCAACCUUCCCUGGUGUGGCCCCCAGGGUGCUGGCUCACUUCUUGCAUUUUCAUUUCUAUGAGAUAAAUGGCAUUACUGCAGCACUGGCCGAGGAGCUCUUUGAAAAAGGAGAGCAGCUCCUGGGGGCCGGCGAGGUUUUUGCCAUCGGACCCCUGCAGCUCUAUGCAGUCACUGAGCAGCUGCAGCAGGGAAAGCCCACAUGUGCCAGUGGGGACGCCAAGACCGACCUUGGGCACAUCCUAGACUUCACCUGUCGCCUUAAGUACCUUAAGGUUUCUGGCACAGAAGGACCUUUUGGGACCAGCAACAUUCGGGAGCAGUUCCUGCCUUUUGAUCUAUCGAUAUUCAAGUCUCUCCAUCAGGUGGAGAUAAGUCACUGUGAUGCUAAGCACAUUCGAGGGCUGGUGGUGUCGAAGCCCACCUUAGCUACAAUAAGCGUCCGCUUCUCAGCCACCUCCAUGAAGGAAGUCCUUGUUCCUGAAGCCUCAGAAUUUGAUGAGUGGGAGCCAGAAGGCACAACCCUGGACGGCCCUGUGACUGCUGUCAUCCCCACUUGGCAAGCACUGACCACUCUCGACCUGAGCCACAAUAGCAUCUCUGAGAUCGACAACUCUGUGAAACUGAUUCCAAAGAUUGAGUUCCUGGACCUGAGUCACAAUGGAGUGCUGGUUGUGGACAAUCUGCAGCACCUGUACAAUCUCAUCCACCUGGACCUGUCCUACAACAAGCUCUCGUCCUUGGAAGGGGUUCACACCAAACUGGGGAACAUCAAGACCCUGAACCUGUCUGGCAACCUCCUCGAGAGUCUGAGUGGCCUCCACAAGCUCUACUCACUCGUCAACCUGGAUCUCAGCGACAACAGAAUCGACCAGAUGGAGGAGGUCAGGAGCAUAGGCAGCCUCCCGUGUCUGGAGCAUGUGGCUCUGCUGAACAACCCUCUGAGCAUCAUCCCCGACUACCGGACCAAGGUGCUCGCCCAGUUUGGGGAGAGGGCCUCCGAGGUCUGUCUCGACAACACAGCAACCACAGAGAAGGAGCUGGACACCGUAGAAGUGCUGAAAGCAAUUCAGAAAGCCAAGGAGGUCAAGUCCAAACUGAGCAACUUGGAGAAGAAGGUUGGCGAGGAUUCCCGGCUUGCGGCUGCCCCCUGUGUCAGACCCAGCAGCUCCCCUCCCAACAUGGCUCCCACCUCUGCCUCUCUGCCCCAGCCCAUCCUCUCCAACCAAGGAAUCAUGUUCGUGCAGGAGGAGGCCCUGGCCAGCAGCCUCUCAUCCACCGACAGCCUGACCCCUGACGAUCAGCGCAUGGCCCAGGGAUGCUCCGAUUCCUUGGAAUCUAUCCCUGCAGGACAGGCAGCUCCCGACAACUUAAGGGAUGUGCUGGGAGCCGUUGGCGGGGCAAGCCCUGAGCACGCGGAGCCAGAGGUCCAAGUGGUGCCCGGGUCCGGCCAGAUCAUCUUCCUGCCCUUCACCUGCAUCGGCUACACGGCCACCAACCAGGACUUCAUCCAGCGCCUGAGCACACUGAUCCGGCAGGCCAUCGAGCGGCAGCUGCCCGCCUGGAUCGAAGCUGCCAACCAGCGGGAGGAGGGCCUGGGCGCACGGGGUGAGGAAGAGGACGAGGAAGAGGACGCUGCCGAGAACCGCUACUUUGAAAUGGGGCCCCCGGACAUAGAGGAAGAGGAGGAGGGGGGCCCGGGAGAGGAAGAGGAGGAAGAGGAAGAGGAGGAGGAGGAGGAGGAGGAGGGCGAGGAGGAGCGCCUGGCUCUGGAGUGGGCCCUGGGCACGGACGAGGACUUCCUGCUGGAGCACAUCCGCAUCCUCAAGGUGCUGUGGUGCUUCCUGAUCCACGUGCAGGGCAGCAUCCGGCAGUUUGCCGCCUGCCUGGUGCUGACCGACUUCGGCAUCGCCGUCUUUGAGAUCCCUCACCAGGAGUCACGGGGCAGCAGCCAGCACAUCCUCUCGUCCCUGCGCUUCGUCUUCUGUUUUCCGCAUGGUGACCUCACUGAGUUCGGCUUCCUCAUGCCCGAGCUGUGUCUGGUGCUCAAGGUGCGGCACAGUGAAAACACGCUCUUCAUCAUCUCCGAUGCCGCCAACCUGCAUGAGUUCCACGCGGACCUGCGCUCGUGCUUCGCCCCACAGCACAUGGCCAUGCUGUGCAGCCCCGUCCUCUACGGCAGCCACACCAGCCUACAGGAGUUCCUCCGCCAGCUGCUCACCUUCUACAAGGUGGCGGGCGGCUGCCAGGAGCGCAGCCAGGGCUGCUUCCCCGUCUACCUGGUUUACAGCGACAAGCGCAUGGUGCAGACGGCUGCGGGCGACUACUCAGGCAACAUCGAGUGGGCCAGCUGCACACUCUGCUCGGCCGUGCGGCGUUCCUGCUGUGCACCCUCCGAGGCCGUCAAGUCCGCUGCCAUCCCCUACUGGCUGUUGCUCACGCCCCAGCACCUCAACGUCAUCAAGGCUGACUUCAACCCCAUGCCCAACCGCGGCACCCACAACUGUCGCAACCGCAACAGCUUCAAGCUCAGCCGCGUGCCGCUCUCCACCGUGCUGCUGGACCCCACGCGCAGCUGUACCCAGCCGCGGGGCGCCUUCGCCGACGGCCACGUGCUCGAGCUGCUCGUGGGCUACCGGUUUGUCACCGCCAUCUUUGUGCUGCCCCACGAGAAGUUCCACUUCCUACGCAUCUACAACCAGCUGCGGGCCUCGCUGCAGGACCUGAAGACUGUGGUCAUCGCCAAGACACCUGCAACCGUGGGCAGGCCCCAGGGCCCCCUCGCGGAUGGCCAGCCUGCCGAGGGCAGGGCCAGCAAUGACCAGCAUCCCCAGGAGGCCCUGGCAGAGGCCCCAGCUCCAGCCCCUGCCCCAGUGGAUGCCCCAGCUGUGGCCCUGGCCCCAGUGGAGGUCCCAGCUCCUGCCCCAGCAGAGGCCUCAGGCCUGGAGAAGAACCCAGUACAGGCCCUGGCCCCGGAGGAGACCCCAGUGGAGGCUCCAGCCCCAGAAGAGACCCCAGCGGAUGCCCCAGCCCCAGGGGAGGCUCCAGCGGAGGCCCUGUCGCCAGCUAAGACCCCCACCCAGUACCCGAGCGACCACCUGAUCCAGUCCACAUCGGAGGAGAACCAGAUCCCCUCCCACCUGCCUGUCUGCCCAUCGCUCCGGCACAUCGCCAGCCUGCGGGGAGGCGCCAUCGUUGAGUUCUUUCACAGCAGCGUCGCUGAGGUUGAAAAUGAGGAGCUCAGGCACCUCAUGUGGUCCUCGGUGGUGUUCUACCAGACCCCGGGGCUGGAGGUCACCGCCUGUGUGCUGCUCUCCACCAAGGCUGCAUACUUUGUGCUGCACGACGGCCUCCGCCGCUACUUCUCAGAGCCGCUGCAGGAUUUCUGGCAUCAGAAAAACACCGACUACAACAACAGUCCCUUCCACAUCUCCCAGUGCUUCGUUUUAAAACUCAGUGACCUGCAGUCAGUCAACGUGGGGCUUUUUGACCAGUAUUUCCGGCUGACGGGCUCCUCUCCGGUGCAGGUGGUUACCUGCUUGACGCGGGACAGCUACCUGACACACUGCUUCCUCCAGCACCUCAUGGCCGUGCUCUCCUCGCUGGAGCGCAUACCCUCGCCGGAGCCUGUCGACAAGGACUUCUAUUCUGAGUUUGGGAAUAAGGCCACAGGGAAGAUGGAGAACUAUGAGCUGAUCCACUCAAGCCGUGUCAAGUUCACCUACCCCAGCGAGGAGGAAAUUGGAGACCUGACAUUCAUUGUGGCCCAGAAGGUGACUGCCCCGGAGAAGGCGCCGGCCCCCAGCAUCCUGCUGUACCUGCAGGCCUUCCAGGUGGGCAUGCCACCCCCUGGGCGCUGCAGGGGCACGCUGCGCCCCAAGACACUCCUGCUCACCAGCACUGAGAUCUUUCUGCUGGACGAAGACUACAUCCACUACCCACUGCCCGAGUUCGCCAAGGAGCCACCCCAGAGGGACAGGUACCGGCUGGACGAUGGCCGCCGUGUCCGGGACCUGGACCGUGUGCUCAUGGGCUACCAGACUUACCCACAGGCCCUCACCCUCGUCUUUGAUGACGUGCAAGGCCACGACCUCAUGGGCACCGUUACCCUGGACCAUUUUGGGGAGGAGCCAGGUGGCCUGGCCAAGGCUGGCCAGGGCCACGAGGUCCAGUGGCAGGUGUUUGUCCCCAGUGCCGAGAGCCGUGAGAAGCUCAUCUCGCUGUUGGCCCGCCAGUGGGAGGCCCUGUGCGGCCGUGAGCUGCCCGUGGAGCUCACCGGCUAGCCUGUGCCACAGCCAGCCUAUGCCGCCCCCCAUGCCUGGCCUGGCACCCACCCAGGAUGGGGAAGCAGGCUUUCUUUGUUCUUUUGAAAAAUCUUCUCUCCUCCCUUUUGGUAUCGUAAUCUGAUUCUUCUCGCAGAGAAAGUGAACACGUGUCCAGUUCAUUCUCUCAAAUCCUGCGAUCAAAGCGACCCAUCCAGGGCUACCCGUCCCGUCAGCCUCCCGUGGUGUGUUGCCUGCCCCCUGGGGCGGCAUGGUCAGCACAUGAGUGUUAUGUCUUUUGUCGUGGCACUGUCGUUACCAUGUGGCGCUGUGGGUCUGAUUUGCUCUUUGUCCUCUCCUGAAGUGUCGAGUCCAGUCCUUUGUUGCUGUUGCUGUUGUUCGCAUUUUGCUGCUAAUCAUGAAGCUGGUAGCAAAACGCACAUUAGAGGCUCCCACCCUGGGCAGUUUUCCAAAGUAGAGCCUUUCCUGGUCCAGCAGGAGGGGGAGCCCUGUGGGAAGGGUCCCCCUGGCUGAGGGGCCAAGUGUGGGGCUGGAGCCUGGAGCUACCAGCACCAAGCGUGGCUCCCCGUUGCCUACUUUCUCUAUUCCAAUAAAGCAGAGUUUCACACA